AUGUCAAAUGAGAAUGGAAAUUCUGAAAGUCGGAUACCAUUUGUAAAUACACACGCAUCAGUACCAUCAUCGUCAAGUAACAGAUAUACUGAAAAUAGACGGAUUGUUUCAUUAUCAAGUUUUAUUGAACAUCAUGGCAUUAAUCGUGAUAAAAACGAAUUAACAACGCUUAAGAAAUUGAAAAAAUCAAUUCGACACCAUUGUGAUUUUACAUUUAUCGGAAUAUUAAAUUCCAUUUUGAAUCGUAUACCAUUUAUCCGAUGUUUAAUAGAAUACGAUUUGAGAAAAAAUAUUUUUGGAGAUUUAGUAUCAGGUUUUACUGUCGGAGUGAUGCACAUACCACAAGGUAUGGCUUAUGGAAUAUUAACGUCAUUACCAUCAGUGUUUGGUCUAUACGUUUCAUUUUUUCCAGUAAUAAUGUAUAUGAUAUUUGGCACGUGUCGCCAUUUGAGCAUCGGCACAUUUGCUGUUAUUAGUUUGAUGGUCGCAGCAUCCAUUGACACUGCGCUAAUUAAAAUGAAUUUUAGUAGUACUACACCGAAUACUUCGUUUACAAAUUAUACAUCAGAAUUAAAUAGUACAUCGUCUAUUAUUGUCGAUGAUGAUUAUCCACUUUUAUCCCAAAAAAUUGAAAUUGCUGCUGCUUUAGCAUUAAUCGUUGGGUUUGUUCAAUUAGGUUUCACGACUGUUUAUCUUACCGAACCAUUUAUUAGCGGUUUUACAACAGGUGCCGCCGUACACGUAUUCUCCAGUCAAUUGCCGGCUCUGUUCGGUCUUAAAAGUCCAAAAGUUCAAGGAGCAUGGAAAAUUCCAAAAUUUUAUAUAAAAAUUUUCAAAACAUUACCAAAUGUAAAUUUUAUGAGUAUAACGAUAGCUUUCACAUCAAUUAUUUUAUUAUAUACGGCAAAACAAUUGAAUGAAAAAUAUAAAAAGAAAAUUCGUGUUAUUGUCCCGUGCGAAUUGCUGUUGAUUAUUAUUGUGAGUACGGCUGUUUCAAUAUCCAUGGCAAAAGUGUUUAGUCGAAAACAUAAUUAUAAAGUUAGUUCAAAUCAAGAGCUCCUUGCCUAUGGUAUUGCAAAUGUAUUUAGCUCAUUUUUUAAAUGUUAUCCAUGUUCGGGAUCUCUAAGCCGAUCGGUUGUUCAAGAAGGAAGUGGAGGAAAAAGUCAGUUGGUUGGCGGUAUUUCAUGUAUUCUACUCGGCAUUGUUAUUGUGGCAUUAACACCAUUAUUUCAUGAUUUACCACUUGCUUGUUUAGCAGCAAUCAUUGUUGUCAAUUUAAAAGGUCUUUUAUUUCAAGUAAAAGACUUUUGUUAUUAUUAUCGUAUUAGCAAAUUGGAAUGUAUUUUGUGGACUAUUACAUUCGUCACCGUUAUUCUCUUUGAUGUUGAUAUUGGUCUAUAUGCUGGUGUUAGUACAUCGUUUAUUCUCAAUACCAUUCGUACACAAAAACCACGAUUUGUUACAUUAGGUAUUCUUGAUGAUGUACCAGUGUAUAAAGAUGCCGAUUUAUUUCCUACUGCUGUUCAAUAUCCUGGAAUUAAAAUUCUUCGAUUUGAUGAAAGUCUCUAUGCUUGUAAUGCACCAUUUUUUAAACGAAAAUUUUAUACUCUACUCAAUAUAGACACAAAACAAAAAAAUCUAUUUGAGUGUCAUCAUUGUACUUCAUCUAAUGAAGAUAGAGAAGCAGCAGAAGAAAAAAAAGUCAAAUAUAAAUUUGUUAUUCUCGAUUGUUCACCAUUUAAUUUUAUUGAUACGACAGGAGUUAAGUUACUCAUACAAUUAUAUAAUGAUCUCAAAAAACGUAAUAUUAAUUUAUAUUUAUGUGAAUGUCGAUCUGAAAUUCGUCGUACAUUAGAAUUAAUGAAGUUCUCAGAGAAAACAGAUCCUGAUAUUAUGUUUGUGACAACUAAUGAUGCUGUUCAUGUUGCUAAUGCAGCUAUGAAAAAUAGUGGUGCUACAGUAAUUUCACAUGUUAAAAAGACGAGGAUAUUACCGGCGUUAUUAGCCGGCGGCUAA